AUGGACGCCGUCGAUUACUCGGAGCACUACGAGGUCACGACAGCCGACGAGACGCCGUCGUUGCUCUCCGUCAUCAUCGACACGAACCCACGCGCCUGGGCCGUCCUCGACGACGGCUCCCUCCCCCUCUCCCUCACCGCCGCCGUCGCCAACCUACUCCUCUUCAUCAACGCCCACCUCGCCUUUAGCGGCGCUAACCAGGUGGCCGUCAUCGCCGCCCACGUCAACCGCGCCGUGUGGCUGUACCCAUCCUCCCACUCUCCGAAACCUAUACAAGACAACACCAGCGCCGAUGGCGACGUCGCCAUGGCUGAUGCGCCCGCCGCCGCCACGACACCGUCCUCGGCAAACAAAUACCCGCAGUUUGCCCAGAUCGAGGCCACGGUGCUCGGCUCGCUCAAGAAACUCAUGGCCGAGACGACGGAGCGGGACCUUGACAGCACGACGACGCAGCUGUCUGGCGCGCUGACGCUCGCGCUCUGCCACACCAACAAGGCCUCGCGGGCCCUCGGCGCCUCCGACACCGCCAUCCACGAAGCCGCGCAGACGAGCGGCACGACGCCGCCCUCGCCGAUGAAGGGCCGCAUCCUUGUCCUCUCCGUCUCCGACUCGGAAUCCUCGCAGUACAUCCCGACCAUGAACGCCGUCUUCGCCGCCGCCCACGGCCGCGUCGCCAUUGAUGCCCUCGCCCUCGCCGGCGACGCCACGUUUCUUCAGCAGGCCUGCUUCAACACGGGCGGCGUCUUCCUCCGCGCUGCCAACCCCCAGGGCCUGCUCGCCUACCUCAUGUUUGGCCUCGUCGCCGACACCGAGGCCCGCGAGGCUCUCGUCGCUCCCACGCACGACACCGUCGACUUUCGCGCCGCCUGCUUCUGCCACGGCAACGUCGUCGACACCGGCUUCGUCUGCUCCAUCUGCCUCUCCAUCUUUUGCGAGCUGCCCGACAAUGCUGAGUGCUUCACCUGCGGCACGAAACUGGCCCUCGGGAGCUACGGCGCUAAGCCCGCCGUGAUUCCGCGGAAGAAGAAGAAGAAGAAGAAGAUCAUCAACGGCAGCGGGCGGGAGGAGACGAUGAGUGCCACUGGAACGCCGCUGAGAUGA